ACAGAGAUUGCGGUGCGCGGGGCUAGGGGCGGAGCGGCGUGAUGCGGGGCCGGGGCGGACCCGGGCCAGGCGCCCAGAGGGGCGGGGGCAAGCCCGGGCUAGGCUCCGGGAAGGGCGGAGUUGCGGCGUCGCCCGUCGCCACUGCUCCCAGCGGCCGCGCCUCGGGGGCGGGGAAGCUGGCGACAGAGUCGCAGGGGUCUCGGGGCCCUGCAGAAUUGUGGGCCGCUGGACCCAGCAGUCAGCCGAGGAACAUGGCGCCCUGGACACUCUGGCGCUGCUGCCAACGCGUGGUGGGCUGGGUUCCGGUGCUCUUCAUCACCUUUGUGGUCGUCUGGUCCUACUACGCGUACGUGGUGGAGCUGUGCGUGAGUACUGUUUCCAGAACAGGAGAAAAAGGAAAGACCGUUGUUUACCUUGUGGCUUUCCAUCUGUUCUUUGUUAUGUUUGUAUGGUCCUAUUGGAUGACAAUAUUCACAUCUCCCGCUAGCCCCUCCAAAGAGUUCUACUUGUCAAAUUCUGAGAAGGAACGUUAUGAGAAGGAGUUCAGCCAAGAAAGACAACAAGACAUUUUGAGAAGAGCAGCAAGAGACUUGCCUAUCUACACCACAUCAGCUUCAAAAGCUAUCCGAUAUUGUGAAAAAUGUCAGUUGAUUAAACCUGACCGAGCCCAUCAUUGCUCAGCAUGUGACAAAUGUGUUCUUAAGAUGGAUCAUCACUGUCCAUGGGUGAAUAACUGUGUGGGAUUUACUAAUUACAAAUUCUUCAUGCUGUUUUUGUUGUAUUCUCUACUCUAUUGCCUUUUUGUGGCUGCAACAGUUUUAGAGUAUUUUAUAAAAUUUUGGACGCUUUGCCGCAGGAAGUCUACAGAGAAUUGCCCAAAGAAUGAACCAACGGUUUUACAAUUCCCCAGCGCAAAGUUCCACGUACUGUUCCUUUUCUUUGUGUCUGCAAUGUUCUUUGUCAGUGUGCUCUCACUAUUUAGCUACCAUUGCUGGCUGGUUGGAAAAAAUAGAACAACAAUAGAAUCAUUUCGUGCACCUAUGUUUUCUUAUGGAAUAGAUGGAAAUGGUUUCUCUCUUGGAUGGAGUAAAAAUUGGAGACAAGUCUUUGGUGAUGAAAAGAAGUACUGGCUAGUUCCAAUAUUUUCAAGUUUGGGUGAUGGUUGCAGUUUCCCAGCUCGCCUUGUGGGGAUGGACCCAGAACAAGCUUCUGUUGCAAACCAGAGUGAAUACGUCAGGAGUAUUGGCUCAAAUCAACCUUUUCCUAUCAAACCACUUAGUGAAUCAAAAAACCGUUUGUUAGACAGUGAAUCUCAGUGGCUAGAGAAUGGAGCUGAAGAAGGAGUCACCAAAUCAGGGACAAAUAACCAUGUUACAGUGGAAAUAGAAAAUUGAGUACUGCUUGUUCAUAACUAACCAUUUGAUGAGUGCAAGGUAUAUAAAAACACAUUUUGGACUAUUUUCAAUUUUAUUUGCAAGAAAAUGAUGGAUGGAAUGAAGCAAUUGAAGUAUAACAGAAGAUAUAUAUUUUUUAAAAGGAAGUGUUUGUACAGUUUGAUGGAUCCACAGAAGCACUACAGAGCAGAAAGAUGCCUUAAUUUAUGUGACAUUGCCUCACAGCUCAAAAGUGACUUAAUUUUCUUUUGGAAAUAACACCUGUUUUACAAUGCUAUCAUCACAUGUUAACAUGCCAUAUGUAUUUUUAACAUCUGAGUUACAACAUUAGCAUUAUUUCUUAGUAUCCACAUAAAUUUCACCCCAAAAACACAAACUAAAAAGUUGUGGUGAAGUAUACCUAGGGAAAACAGAGGCUAAAAAUGAUACACAAAUCAGUGAUUCUUGUGCUGUAUAAGGAAAAGAAAACUGCUUUUUUUAUUAGAUGUUUACUAAUUUAUAAUUACUGUUUUAUACUUUUCAACAUUUUAAUAAAGAUUUUUUAAUUAUUGGCUAUAAAAUAACACUCAGAAGGAUUCAGAUACCUAAAUAUAAUCAUUUAGAACAUUGAAGAUACUAAUAUAAUUCAGUGAAGGUUUAGUUAGAAGCAUUAAUACUUCUAAUUAGUACUUUUAAAAGCCAAAUGGCACAUGCCUAUAAUCCCAGCACUCAGAAGGCUGAGGUAAGAUUGCUGUGAAUUUGAGUCUAGCAUUGGUUACAUAGGGACCGUAUCCAAAACACAGAAUAAUACAACCAUGUGGUGUAUUGUGAGCCCAAGGCUCAAAGGAAACAUGGUAGGAAACAAAAACAGUUUGGUAUUCUCUGCUUUUUAAUUACUAUUUGUUGAGUUUUUAGGGGAGUUUUUUAUGGGCAGGGAAGCAGAGAUUCAUGUGCUAUCCAAAGACCUAACACAUACAUGAAUAGGUAGGCGUGGCUAAAAAAAGAGAGUGAUAGAAGGAAUAUUAUAAACAACUUAACAAAUUUUCAUCCCUAAAAGUAUAUAAACUACAACAUGCUGUUAAAUAGGCUUUCAGUUUAGGCAAUGUCUAAAAAUUACUGUGGUACUUUACAGUAAUCCUAUAACCAAGUAAACAGUGACUUAAAAUGCAGUUCAAAGGAGGAAAAAAUAAAUAAGACAAAAACACGAAUUUCCAGUCUUGGGCUGGAGAAAUGUUUCAGUAGAUAAACCCUUGUCCUCAGACCUACAACCUGACAUCAGUCACAUUCUGGAAGAAGAUAACUAACUCCCACACAUUCAUUGUCUUCUGGAAUUUACAUGUGCGCUAUGGUGCACAUAGACUCUCUUUUUAAAAGAUAGUAUUUUUUUUUAGCAUCUAGUAGCUUUAACAGAAAUGGCUAUAAUUAGAUUAGUCCACUGGUCUGUAAAAAGGCAAUGUAGAGAUGCUGUUUUUGGUUUAUACCGUUUAUCAAAGAAACAAGCCCAAAAUGAUUGCUUGCAGUGGACCAGCAGAGUCUCUGAUGUGUGCUGCUAUCAAGGUUGUGGCUAUGCAGUGUCUUUAUGUGCACAGUAGGAUUGUGGAGGAGAGGGCAUCCUGCAUGAGCCAGAUUGUAGGAAUCCCAACUUUACCCAGUGUUGAAGUUUGCAAAUAACCUUGCUUUUCAUUUACCCCCCAAGUAGCUCUCAAGUCCUCUGAAUAUCAAACAUUAUACUAAAGAUAGUGCUGUGAUUUCCUGAACUACGCUUCGCUUACAUCUUGUUCUUGUCCUGAUUUAUGCUGAUCCUGCAUAAAUCAAGAUUGCAGCUGUUCUAACUUUGCAGUUUGGGAAGUUUAUUGAAUUCCAAUUCACGGCAUUAAUUCUGAAUCUUAAGUAUCUUUCCCUUUGGACCAAAGGAGUGAGUUAGCUUUGGCACCAUGGUUUAAAGUUGUAUGUAGUAUGAAUUCCUCUUCAUUUCAGCUCUUUAUUGUUAAAACUUUCAUUCUAAAAAAAACAAUGAAUUAAGAGAUAGCAGUUACUGCUAGGCAUGCUGGUGCACGAUGCCCAUCUCAGCACUUGGGAGUCUGAAUCAAGUUGGUCUAGUUCAUUCUCGGCAUCAAAAGUCCCUGUGCUGCAUGAAACCUGUGUCAGAAAACCAAGAAAGGAGAAAGAUCAAUUACUCACCAGUAAUACAACCUCAAUUUGGUAGUUUGCAUGCUACUUUCAGAAAUAUUCUAGUAUUUCAGUGUUCCUAUAUUCAGAUAAAGGGAUUUGCAUGCACCUGGCAUAAUUUGCCCCUUUAACAUACUAUUAUGUAGAAGUAUUAAAUUUCUGAGUUCUUAUCAUCUGUUUAUUAGCAUAGUAAAACCCUUUCUAGUUUUCCACUUUGGUAGCCUUUAUAGCCAGCUUUUUGCCACGUUCUAAAAUAUUUAGUUGCCUUUUGUUGUUUUGGUUUUGUUUCAUUUUAGUGCUGGGGAACCAAACCCAGGGCCUUCUGCAUACUAGGCAAGUUCUAUACCACUGAGCUACACCCCAACCCAGGCUGAAGCUGUUGAUAUAGUCAGCCAUUCGUUAGGGGCCAGCAAGUGGUCUGGGAAUCUGAAAGGCUGGCUGUUUCAUAUUUGAACUGGCAUUGAGUCUGCUAUCAGCUGGGGGGACUACAUUGAAACGAAGCUUUGCCAAAAUUUCAAACACUUGAACAUUUGUGAAGAAAAUGGAGUUGAAUUUCAGGUCUUGCCCUUGCCAUUAAAAACAUCAGACAGGAGACUUGGUUUACCUGGGUACAGAGGUACUUUACUGUUGAGUACCUGCGGCACCUGACCACUGUCACUGUGCCAACCAAAGCAGCUGCAGUGUACCAGCUAUUGACAUGAACAUGUUUACAAAGUUGAGUUUUGUCUUCAUAUAAGAAUGAUUUUUAAAAAACUUUUUACAUAGUAGUUAAAAUUCAAUGUGUUAAAAGCCUAACAAGUUAGCUUAAAUAUAUGGUCUUUACUUGAAUUUUUAAUUCUUACAGAAAGCAAAUUUGGACUGUUUACAGGAAUGCUUGAAAUGAGUCAGGAGAUCUCCAGUUAUCUCUGAAGCAAAACUGUGUUACAGGCUUAGUGUUAGAGCCUGCGUAUUUGCGGCAUUGGAUAGGCAGUAACUCAAAACUACGCUUCGCUUACAUCUUGUUCUGUAAAGUAGUACUUCUAGUGUGGAUAAGUAUUUUUAACUGACAUUAAGAAAUCAUAUUUUUGCAUUUCAGUCAAACUAAUAAGAACAUGUAAAAGUACAAAUAAGAUGUAAGUCUGAAAUUCAUGUUUCAUAUGAUCUAAGCUGUAUUUUUAAAUUCAAAUUUAAAAUACAAUAGAGAUUCAGAAAGGUCCAUAUUUUUCUAAUGACUUCAUGCUAUAUUAUUUUCUUGAGUUACAUAAAGCAAGGAAUUGUAUUUGUAUUAAGGAGCUAAGAGAGAUGUUAGUUUAUUAUAUUUGUACAUGAUUACAGACAAGCCUAUGCCCAUUUAAAAGAAAAGAUGGAUACUAUUUAAGGUGAUAUUUAAUAUGCUUUUCUAUAAACAAGUUUGAAAUAUAGUUUACCUUAGUUGUCUUAUCAGUAGCAUAGCCUUCUAUUUAUUUCUCAUUAUGUGAACCUGGACCAUGACCAAUGACUCUUUGCUCUGUAUUUUGGAUGGCCUAACCUCUUACAAUGUGUGCAUUUUACAACUUUUUUUUCAGAAACCAUAAUUAUUAAUAAACAGAUAAAGAUA